AUGAAGUUCCCAUCUGAACAAGAGCAGUUGAGAGCUCGUCAAAUUAGUGCACAACAGAUAUAUAAAAUAGAAGAGCUUUGGAAGACAAAUCCUGAUGCAACCUUGGAAGAACUUGAGAAACCAGGUGUAGAUGAUGAACCUCAAUCUGUAGCCUUGAAGUAUGAAGAUGCUUAUCAGUAUCAAAAUGUUUUUGCACCCCUUAUCAAGCUUGAAGCAGACUAUGAUAAGAUGAUGAAAGAGUCUCAGAGCAAAGAUAACUCCCACAGAUUUGAUGAUGCAUCUCGAUUAACUCCCACAGAGGUUAGACAAAGUAUUCUCUAA